UGCACCGUCGAACGCCAUUGCUUCGGCGCCGUCUCCCGUUUCUUCUCCGUAGUAACCGUCUGUGUGGGGAGCGGGGCGGGUGAAAAAAAGCCCCACAACCCCGUUUAGGUCUGAGGAGGCGGUGGACUGUUUUCCGUUCAUCUUGGGAGAACUUUGUAAUUACAAUCUCAGCACACGAACUAUUUCCACAAUCAACACUAUCAAACCCUCCACUGAAAAUAUGGCUGACGCCAUGAACUGGAACAAAGGUGGCCCUGGUACCAAAAGGGGUUUUGGUUUCGGUGGCUUCUCAAUAUCAGCUGGAAAGAAGGAAGAGCCAAAACUCCCUCAACAGUCUCAUAGUGCUUUUGGAGCCACUGGUUCUGCAGCUGGAUUCGGGAAAACACCACCACCUCAGCUGCCUUCUUUUUACAAGAUUGGAUCCAAACGGGCAAACUUUGAUGAGGAGAAUGCGUAUUUUGAGGAUGAAGAGGAAGAUUCUAAUAAUGUUGACUUGCCGUACAUUCCUGCCGAGAACUCUCCCACUCGGCAGCAAUUUCAUUCCAAAACACCGGACUCGGACAGUGAGGAUGACCCCUUGGAGGCGUUCAUGGCUGAAGUCGAGGAUCAGGCUGCUAGAGACAUGAAGAGGCUGGAAGAUAAAGACAAAGAAAGGAAAAAUACAAAGGGUAUACGCGAUGAUAUUGAAGAGGAAGAUGACCAAGAGGCUUACUUCCGUUACAUGGCAGAAAACCCCAAUGCUGGUGUGGUCCCAGAAGAAGAGGAGGACAACCUGGAGUAUGACAGUGAUGGAAAUCCAAUUGCUCCCUCCAAAAAAAUCAUUGACCCUCUUCCUCCAAUUGACCAUUCAGAGAUCGAAUACCCACCAUUUGAGAAGAACUUCUAUGAUGAGCAUGAGGAAAUCACCAGCCUCACUCCGCAGCAAGUGGUGGAGCUUCGCCAUAAGCUGAACCUCCGGGUCUCUGGAGCUGCUCCACCAAGGCCGGGAAGCAGUUUUGCUCAUUUUGGUUUCGACGAACAACUUAUGCAUCAGAUCAGGAAAUCGGAGUACACUCAGCCUACCCCUAUCCAGUGCCAGGGUGUUCCAGUAGCACUGAGUGGCAGAGACAUGAUUGGCAUAGCGAAGACUGGCAGUGGGAAGACAGCGGCUUUCAUUUGGCCCAUGUUGGUUCAUAUCAUGGAUCAGAAGGAGCUGGAACCAGGAGAUGGACCCAUUGCAGUGAUUGUGUGUCCAACCAGAGAGCUGUGCCAGCAGAUCCAUGCUGAAUGCAAGCGCUUUGGGAAAGCCUACAACCUGCGCUCCGUAGCGGUGUAUGGUGGAGGAAGCAUGUGGGAGCAAGCAAAAGCUCUGCAAGAAGGGGCAGAAAUCGUUGUCUGUACUCCAGGCCGGCUGAUUGAUCACGUGAAGAAGAAAGCUACCAACCUCCAGAGGGUCACUUACCUUGUGUUUGAUGAAGCUGACAGAAUGUUUGACAUGGGUUUUGAAUACCAAGUCCGCUCAGUCGCCAGCCACGUGCGUCCCGAAAGGCAGACUUUGUUGUUCAGUGCAACCUUUCGGAAGAAGAUCGAGAGACUGGCCAGAGACAUUCUGAUUGACCCAAUUCGUGUGGUGCAGGGAGACAUUGGAGAGGCAAAUGAAGAUAUCACUCAAAUUGUGGAGAUCUUCUCCUCUGGCCCCAACAAGUGGAACUGGCUGACCAGCCGCCUCGUGGAAUUCACCUCUUCAGGGAGCGUCCUCCUCUUUGUCACCAAGAAAGCAAACGCUGAUGAACUGGCCAAUAACCUCAAGCAAGAAGGGCACAGCCUGGGGCUGCUGCACGGCGACAUGGACCAGAGCGAAAGGAACAAGGUCAUCUCGGAUUUCAAGAAGAGUGCCUUCCCUGUUCUGGUUGCUACCGAUGUGGCAGCUCGUGGUCUGGAUAUCCCUUCAAUUAAGACCGUGAUCAACUACGACGUGGCCCGCGACAUCGACACCCAUACCCACCGCAUUGGUCGCACAGGCAGAGCAGGCGAGAAAGGGGUGGCCUACACCUUACUGACUCACAAGGACAGCAACUUUGCUGGGGACCUUGUUCGGAAUUUGGAAGGAGCCAAUCAGAAUGUUUCAAAGGAGCUCUUAGACUUAGCCAUGCAGAAUGCUUGGUUCCGAAAAUCCCGUUUCAAAGGAGGGAAGGGCAAGAAGCUCAACAUUGGUGGCGGUGGCCUGGGGUAUCGUGAACGCCCCGGCCUAGGUUCUGAUGGUUCUGAUCGUGGGAGUAACAGCAUCAUGAGCAAUUACGAAGCGUACAAACCUUCAACAGGAGCAAUGGGGGACAGACUGUCUGCAAUGAAGGCAGCAUUUCAGUCACAAUAUAAGAGUCACUUUGUGGCCGCCAGCUUUAACAACCAGAAGACGGGCAGCUCUUCAGCAGGUGCCAGUGGCUGGACCAGUGCUGGCAGCUUGAACUCCGUGCCAACAAAUUCAGCACAGCAGAACUUGGCAAAAUCCGACAGCCCCAUGAGCGCAGCAAAGGGGCUCUCAGGCUUCAUAAGCGCCGGAAGCCUAAACAGCAUCCCUCCCUUCCCGAGCCCCGGAAUUCAAGGAUUCAACAGUGUGAAUGCCAGUAACAGCACCCGAGAAGGUAGUGGUGGAGGCCGAGAACGGUACAGUGACAACCGAGGCAGCGGUCGCCAUGGCGACAACCAGCGCCAUGGAGACAGCAGCAGUCGCCACAGCGACAGCCAGCGCCAUGGAGACAGCUAUCGCCAUGGAGAGAACCGCCAUGGGGACAGCCAUCGUCACAGCGAAAGCCGACAUUCUGGCGGUGGAAGCAGCAGCCGCCACGGGGACAGCCGGAAUAAUGGGGACAGCCGGAACAGCAGUGAAAACAGAAAUAGUGAGAACAGGAACAGCGAGAACAGGAAGGAUGGCAACAGCAGGGACAACAGCAAGACAGAUGGUUUUGCUGUUCCCGAACCCCCAAAGCGCAAGAAGAGUCGAUGGGACAGCUAAAGGCCCAGGCUCACCACCAAGUGGCAAAGGCGCCUCUCGAAGGAGGCUUGGUCUGCCAAUAAGUAGUCACUGAGGAGGAAAGCAAUGGACAAGAACGUUCCCCAACCAACCUUGGCUGGUGCAUCUGUAGACAGCUUCACUUUAAUGGCACGUAGGUGUUGUGCUUUGGUAAAAAGGAAAGCAUUCCCUUUCGUGGGACUUCUCCAUGCUCUGGCUUUCAAUAUCCAUCCACCCGAGGGACUCGGUUAGCAAGAACAAAAAAAAUUGGUUGGGAGCAUUUUGAUUUUGCUUUUUGCUUUUUGUCCAGAAAGAGGCUUGAACUGGGUAGAUCCCCCCCCCCUUACGAAUCAGCACGGACUUCAACCAGCCCAGCCUCCCUUUCUUCACCGUCGUCACCGUGGUGCCCCUAAAACUUUGUCAGCUGGUUACAGUAGCAGGCUGUUUCCAGAUCUGCUUGCCAUGUUCAUACUCACAUUGCAUGUGCGCAGAGAAAAUGGUGAUCAGGAAUUGGGUGCCAACAGCUACCCCAAGCGGCAAACAUGUAGGUGGAAUGAUGACCCCUGGCAUGGGUGGGUCGUAAUGGAGCAGGCCCAUCUACACAGAAUCUCAGGCCUGGUGUGGGAAACAUAAGGUCUUGCUGUGGCUUAAGUCAGGACUUCAGCUAACCUUUUUCACCUUCUCACCACAUGUAUCAGCCCUAACUUUCUAAGUCCAUCUUUUAUUAGGAUUUGUGAGCGCAUGCUGUGACUCGAAUCCUGCCCUCUUGUCAGUAGUCCACACGUAAGACGGAGAAACGUGACCAGAGUAUCAGACCAUCCCCUGCUGCUCAGUGUUAAUUGACAGACACUGCUUGAGAUUUUAUUCCAAGAAGUGGAGGAGAGAGAUGCAGGAAACAUUUAAACAGUUCACCCUGCAAGUUCUGCAGUUUUUCUCUCUUUACUUAAGCCAGCUAAGAUGAGAAGUUUGAGGGGAGCGAUCUUUGAGUUGGUAAUGUGGCAGAUUUAAACAGCAGUCUCACUUAUUUGUGGGCCUCUUUUGGCCUAGGAGCCUCCAGUUGCCUGCCUGCUGUAUUUCAUAGAGUUAUUUUUAGGGGCAGAACGGCAACAUUCCCUCGUAUCCAAUUUGAGUUUUUACACCGCACGUCGUCUCCUGUCAUCCAGAUUAUUUCUUUCUGGCAGCAGAGAAUCUGACGUUUGGUGGCAAAAAACUGCUCAGCAAGGGCUUAGCAGAAGCUGUUACCUUCCAUCUCCCAGGGAUGGUCCAGUUUCAUGAAUAAACGUGGGGAACAAGAUCUCUGCUAACCAUGCAGUUGAUGGGGAAAGGCAGGCCAUGAGGUCCUGUGUAGAUUGGUUUAUAAAUGUUUUCCAGAUUUUUAUGGUUCCCUAUCUCUCUGCCCCCACCCUGGUUAAAACAUACUUGGGGGAAGAGAAACCUUUCACAUACCGCAUCAAGUUGUCAUGAUUUUUUUGGGGGGGGGGAGAUCCAGGAAGUUUUUCAGACUUUUGUAAGUUUGGGACUGGAAGAAGCUUGUACACAGAGAUACUAACAACGGGACCUGUUUGGAAACAGAUUGUGGUGUUCUUUCCAAAAUGGAUUUCACGUACAUCUGGAAAGAAGCAGCAAAUGUAAAAAUAUCUUGCUUUUUUAAAAACUGUGUUCUUGGGCUCUUUAAUUCUUUUUUUUUUUUUUACAAGUGUGGUAGGAUAAUCUUGUUUGCUGAAAGUAGAACUGUUUUAGCCUCUCAUUUAUACAAAAUUAUCUGAAGCCGUGUCAGGAUCUUGUGACAUGCUGUCCCCUUUAGUUUCUGCUUGCUCUUCUAGUAAAUGUUUUUAUUAUUAGGACAAUUGCCUGGCUUAUGACUGUUUUGUGUGUUUUUUCCCUCUUACUCAUGAGUAAGUUUUGCUGAUGCACACAAGGUCAGGCUGCUGUAAUUCUAAGGAAUGCUUUGUCAGCUCAGAUUGGCUGGGGUCUCUGAGCAUCUUUGCCUUUCCUCACAGCACCUUCCUCACCUCUCUUGCUCAAGUGCUUUUAUUCUAAAGGAUGCUUUUCCGUGGAGUGCCUGCUCUCUGCCUCUGG